AGAAAGAGAGUGGGAGAACAGAAGAGACGAGGAGUAACUGAAAAGUGAAAUUUAAGACUGUGAAAGGAAGAAGAAACGAGAGAGAGCAAGAGAAUGAUGAAUGCAGCUCGCAUUCACGACAAGCAGAAGCUGAAGUCGUUCUGGGAGCAGCGGAUAGUUCAGCACAGUGAACAGAUGGAUGAGGAGGAGGACCGCAGGAGGAGCAGCGCCCUGGCACGGCUGAGGGAGCAGUGGUUAGUCAGGUUGGAUCAGAGGAAUCAGCACCAGAAGAGUUUCUUCGAGGAGAGAAUCAGACGAGCUCAGAAAGCUCAGCAGAGCCUCAGGAAGCUCGAUUCUCCCUGAAGCAAAGUUACGACAACUCCUCCACCAAUCAGCUCAAAGAUGAAGAGUAGCAGAUAGUUUGAAACCGAUGCACAAUGAUUACUUUGUUCACAAUCAAAUAAAACCACUAAAAAAGUCAGAUAAUUUGUCAUGAAUAUCAAGUAUGUUCGUAUUUUUUGUGAAAAACAUAAAAUAUGUUGAAUAGGUGCCUUCUUUAGGGAUGUUUUGCUUUCUG